GUUUUCCCGAAAAACGAUACCGUGCACAGUAAGCUGUUCUGAGCAGUGCUCGUGUUCUUGGGAUAUAGGCCAGCAGAGGCUCUGUAAUAUCACAGUGACUGUGGAAAACCCACUGGGAAAGAAAACUGCCAUGGAUGUUUUUGAUGUAACUCACAGAAUUUAUCCCGCUGCACCUUUCCAGCUGUGGGAAGAAUGUACAGAUACAGAAAUCACAUUAUAUUGGAAACAUCCAAACAAAGGAAUUGAACUGUUUUGUCAGACUGAAGUGCUCCAACCUGAUGGGAAAGUAGAACUGCAUAAUAGUUCAGACAGACAUCUGCAUUAUGCCAGCAUCACCCUGGGUGGACUGCAGCCAUACACUGAAUACACAGCUAGAGUACACUGUGGAGCAGCUAAGCAUUUCUGGAGGUGGAGUGAAUGGAGCGAAGCCCGAACCAUCAGAACAAAGGAAGCAACUCCAUCAGGGAAACUGGACAUCUGGAAAGAAAUUACACCAGUUCUGGGAGGGCGGAAUGUGACCUUGUUCUGGAAGCAAGCACCAAGUUUUCGAGCAAAUGGAAGAAGCAUUUCAUAUGAAGUAACCUGGGAAAAAGUAGAAGAUGGCUCUAAGCCUGAAAGCAUCUCCUUUUCAUCAGUCUGCAAUAGCACAAGGAUUUCCAUUGAUAACCAUUCCUAUAGAAUCAGUAUCAUGGCAAAGAACAAUGUUAAUUAUUCACUUCCUUCAGUAUUGAUCAUCCCUAGAGCUACAGGUAACAGCACUGAAGAGCUUAAAGAAGAACAGGUUAAUGGUACAGAUGAUGGCAUUUUUAUUUCCUGGGAGCCCAGACAUAUCUAUGAUGGUUACAUUAUCGAUUGGUGUAACUUUCCAAUGUUGCAGCCUUGUGAUUUGCAGUGGAAGAGAUUUGGGCCCAACAUUUCCAGUGCUCUGAUCAACUCAGCUGCGUUUGUUCCGGGGGUGAGAUACAACUUCCACAUAUAUGGAUCUGUUGCUAAUAUAGCCUCCUUACUGGAGAAGAAGACUGGUUAUCUCAGGGAGCUACCUCCUCUGCUUGAUCCUGUUGUGGAAAAAGUUGAACUGACUUUCAACGCAGUAACACUAUCUUGGGAUUCUUACUGCACAAAUGAGUCACAGUCUGGUUUUGUAAGAGGCUACCAUGUUUAUGUGUCACCUGUACAAGAAGACUGCAGUUUGAAAGGAUCCGAAAAACAUGUUCUUCCAGAUGAUUCGGUGCUAUGUAAAUACACAAUUGAAAACCCAGAAGAAAAGAGAUACACCGUGAAACACCUAUUGUCAAACACAAAAUACAAACUAGUGGUUAAAGCAUAUACAGGUGGAGGAGAGACUCCCAUUGUUAACUUUAUAUACAUAGAUACACCAUUGAACUCAAACAUGCUGUACCUUCUAGUCCUGCUAGUGAUAGUUCCAGCACUAGUAGCAACUAUAUGCCGCUGGAAGAUCAAGUGGGUGAAAGAGUGCUGCUGUCCUCUAAUACCUAGUCCUAACAAGAGCAAAGUGCUGUCAUUUAAAGAGUUUAAGAUCAGUUCUGAGAAAGUACUGAAAAUCAGUGACUGCAUUCCUGACAUGCUAGCAGUGGACAGUAAGGCCGAAGCCCAGAAGUUACAUCCAUGGAGCCAGUUGUCUUCCAUGCCAACAGAAGAUAAGAUUGACAGCCAGAAUUCUUCCUGGAUUUACCCUAAAGAAAAUGAAGAGAGAGACAUUACACCCACACCUACACCUCAGACUCAUACUUGGUUUGAAAAUUUUGCUUAUUCUUCUCAUCUUGCAGUUGAAUCUGACCGCUAUCAAACACCAGAGACAAUAGAAGCAAGCAAGCCAGAACUGUCAAUAGUGCUGUACCAGCCACAUUACUACUUUGAUAUUUUUAAUCAAAAUGCUGCCUCAACACUGAAAGAAACAGCUGGCAGAAAGACUGGUCUGAGAUAUGUUUCACAAACAGAUGUGCACUGCCUAGGGAGGAGGCUUUGA